AGUUACCUAUUGCUACAACACUAGUCACGUGUCAAAACAAAAUCUAUCAACUAAUUCGCAUAAAUAAUUUUGAUAAUAAAUCUAUCUACAUUUUACUGCAUGGACUAUAAAAUUUGAGUCAAAUUAAAUUCAAAUAUCAUUAUUACUAAUUCAAUUAGUUGAAAAUCUACAUUAUCAUAACGUAGUAAUAAUAUAAAAUGUCUACUCGUGAAAUACUUACUUUGCAAUUUGGUCACUAUACAAACUACGUUGGUUCCCAUUUUUGGAACCUGCAAGAACUUAGUUUUGAUUACACAGGGACCAAAAAAUCUGAAGUGAACCAUGACAUCCUAUAUCGAGAAGGUCAAUCUACCAGAGGUGAAGUAACUUAUACACCUAGGUUACUUUUAGCCGAUUUGAAAGGAUCUUUCAAAACUUUACCAGUAAGCGGUGGUUUGUCGAAUGAUGAUGACGAAAAGCAAAUACCAUGGGACAACGUAGAGAAAAUAGAGGAACCAACAGCUGAGAAGAAUAACUACUUAAAUGAUAUAGACACCCAAGGAACAUCAUUGGAAUCAAGACAGUAUAACUUAGACCUAGAUACUAAAACAUGGACAGAUUUUCUAUAUCCCAGAUUUCAUUCGCGUACUAUUAAUAUUGUUGAGGAAUAUCAACAUGGCAGUGAUAAUGAAUGUUUUGAUAUUUCUUAUGCUGGGCGAUCAAUAUGGAAAUCAAAUUUUGGAGACAUAUUCAGUGACAACAUCAGAAAAUAUGUAGAAGAAUGUGACAGUAUGCAAGGUUUCCAGGUGAACUUUGAUUGUACUGAUGGAUUUGCUGGUCUUGCAUUGAGUUGCAUUGAACACCUUGCUGAUGAGUACACAAAGUCUAUAUUAGCACAUCCAAUCAUUCCGUCACAUUUCACAGAUAACAAUCCAAGCAUACAGGAAGAAAGAGACAAAUCUAAUCUGAGAGAUUCAACAAGACUUGUUAAUAUUGCACUGUCUAUUCAAGAAUUAUCAGAACAUGUUUCCCUAUUUGUGCCAAUUUGUACAGGAGAAAGAGGUUGGAGAAAACCUGGCAGUCCAAGAAUUUUUGAACAUAUUAAUUACAAUCCUGAAUUAUAUUACCAUUCUUCUGCUUUACUGGCUUCAGCAUUGGAUACACUCAGUCAAAAAUAUAGGCACAAAAGUAAUUUUUAUACAAUAUCCGAUAUCUGUGCUGACAUGUCAGGUUAUGGUAGAAAAAUGGCUGCAGCAUCAUUAGGUAUUCCAUUUGCUAUUAAUGAAUCUGAAUAUUUGAUAGAUUACUUGAAUAAUACUACUAAGCCUAUAUUUACAUCUAUAACACCUAGUUGUAAAAUUGCAACAGAUAAAAUAUUCCAGUUAAUAACUGUAAGAGGUAUCCCAGAAAGUUACUUGAAACCAUCCAUGAAAGAAGCUAAGGACCAAAUAAAUUUACCUGCAUAUAGGUGUAAUACUGUAAAAGAAAUGUUCCAAUUGUACUUCCAAGCCAGUAAUUUCCUCUCUGCAACAAAUAUGACAGUGUGUGAGAAACCCCUUGAACUAAAAGUGCCAUUCCCUAAUUUUUUUUCUGAUAAUCUUAACAAAUAUGGUUUUAUUAAAAGUGACAACCGUAUUGAAGAUAUCGAAAGUUGUGCUGUUAUAACAGGAUAUCACAAUGGAAAUUUCCUAGCAGAUAUGCUUGAAAAACUCCAUAGAGAAGUUAGUAGAAUAAAAUUUGCUAAAUUACAUAAGUUCCGAGAAGAAGGUUUAGAAGCUGCAGAUUAUUCAGAGAGAUUAGAUAGACUUUCUGAAUUCAAAGACAAUUAUGAAGAUGAGUUUGAAUUAUAAAUUUAUUUAAAUGUACUGAUUUUACAAUUAUACAGAGUUGAUCCUUGUCAUUCAUCGCAAGAGAUUCAUUAAAAAUUAUAUGGAAACUUUAAUUUUCGAUUUUUCUCAGGCAUUCAAUAUGUUGCUGUUAUUGGACUAUUAGAUACAAAUGCAAGGUGCAUUUGUAUCCAAUAGUUCAGUCCUUGAAAAAUAUAAUUUUACCUUUGUGUAAUUAUUGACUAAUUGUUUGAACUGAAGCAGAUGUAUAUUCAAAUAUGCUUUAACCAACCACAUUGCUAAAUUUGUAAUGAUUUUUAAUCUGCAGUGAACAUGUUUAUAUUGUAUUAGCAUGAGCAUUCACUUUUUUUAUUAUAAGCAUAUUUGUCUUACGUUUGUAAAUAAUUUAUAAAUGUAUUUUAGGUUUCUGUAAAAACCUAUUAUUAACUUCACUAUAUCUAAAUAUGUAAUGUACCCCUUAUACAAAAAUAAACAAUUUUAUCAAAAA